AUGCCACUCCUCUCCCCAUUUUCACAAUUCUUCUCCUCUCUCCUCCGGCUGAAUUCCAAGUGGGGAAGCCGCAGGGCUCUCGAAAAUGAGGGAUCGGAGAACCCUCUAUCAAGUCGUUUGUUGGAUAUCUUUUUGCGUACAUGGGAUCUAGGUUUUACAGCGUUCGGAGGACCACCAGUACACUUCCAGAUUCUACAUAGCAGGUUCGUGGAGGGAAAGAGCGACAAGGAAAAAUGGGUAGAUGAACAGACUUAUCAAGAACUCUUUGCUAUUUGCCAGGGCCUUCCGGGUCCCGCUAGCACGAAGAUGAUUUUCUGCCUAGCACUAUUACAUGCAGGAUUUAUUCCUGCCAUGCUUGCAUUUUUUCUUUGGAGCCUUCCCGGAGCAAUUGGCAUGUAUGCCCUGUCACUUGGAGUGCAAAACAUGAGUGAAACCCUACCAAAACCUGUCUAUUCUUUACUUUCCGGCCUCAAUGCCGCCACAGUGGGUAUCGUUGCACUUGCAGCCGUGCAAUUGGCCGAAAAGGCUAUUCGGGAUAAAUUAUCGCGCAUCCUUGUGAUUUUUGGCGCAUGUGCUGGUCUCUGCUACAAUGCACUCUGGUAUUUUCCCGUGCUGAUGAUGAUUGGUGGCUUCCUCACCAGCGUCUGGGAUGGAUGGUUAUAUCAGCAAAUUCUGAGAGCAAAGAUCGGGUGGAAAAAUAGACAUCAUCGCCCAGAACAGGACGUGACAGAUGGGGACCCUAUAGCCAUGGAUGAUAUGACUUUGGAAGAGAAUAGAGUGCAGAGGAGUGAGGUGACGCGACUACGAAGAACUGAUCCUAGAAUCGGAGGACUACAACAAAGUACAGUUGAUACCACAAGACCAACGCAGUCCACGGAAGCUGCUUCACAACAGCACAUUAUUCGGAUUCGGGUCGGAGCCUUGGUCAUGGUUGUCUUUUUUGCUUCGUUCAUCGGAAUUCUUGUUGCCAGAGCCCAGCUCACUACACCCCCACUGGUCCUCGACCUCUUUGCCAAUAUGUACCUAGCUGGUACUGUUAUCUUUGGCGGGGGGCCUGUUGUCAUUCCCCUUUUACGCUCCUAUGUCGUCGAUCCUGGCUGGGUCUCAAGUAGAGACUUCCUGAUUGGCCUUGCCAUCAUCCAAGCUUUUCCCGGUCCUAACUUCAACUUCGCCGUCUUCUUGGGGGCGCUAGCACUACAGCACUCGCGCUUUCCGACAGUCUUGGGUGCGUUUCUUGGUGGUUUGGGAAUCUUCCUUCCGGGAAUCACGUUGGCCGUUGCAAUCCAAAGCUUCUGGCGCGUAUUGCGUAACAGGAAAUAUGUUGUCGAUUUUCUUAGAGGAGUGAAUGCCACUGCGGUUGGUCUAGUAUUUACAGCGGUAUACCGGCUCUGGGAGAUUGGAUACCUGACUCAUGAAAGAAGUGAUGGACAGAGUCUGGGGAAAGAACCAUGGUGGGUGGUUGUUGCGACGGUGACAUAUGCAGGGACUGCAUGGUUCCAUGUGCCCCCGCCUGUGGCGAUUGUAAUGGGUGCCAUUUUAGGGUUAUGCCGAUCCAUGGCCGCUUCUAGCUCAACAGCUCUAGUCAGCUGGCAGUUAGAGGACAACAGCCGCUCCACAUUUGCUCUGGUGUGGUCUUGUUUGUCAACGAUAUUUGCCUGUACCUGGACAGUCUUACACCCCAGUCUCCCUCGACGAAACUCACCCACCGUGAGAACAAUCAUUUCGAAUUUCGCAUAUUGGCUCCUCGCUAUCUUUUUCCCAGAAUAUGUGUUUGUAAACGCUUCACAAAUGCGUUAUCGAGCCAUGUUAUUGAAGAAUGUGUGCACUGAAGCGCAGAAAACCCGGUAUCUUGAAUCAGUAGACCCGGAGUCCUGGUUAUCUAAACGGGCCAAGCCACUAGAUCAAGUGCAAAACCAAGACUCUGCUGGCCCUCAUCCAUCCCACACUGAGUGGACACUUCGAAAAUGUUUCUGCAUCAUUGCUGGCGGACUUGCCUUGCAGACUCAGGAUGGAUGGAUUUACGUCCUCCGACGAAGUGAUAUGAAACCCUUCAUUGAGGCCGGUGUAGUCGAAGACACAGACUUUCACGAUCGUGAGGUUGAAGAUCAUGCGAAAGCAGAUUCUUUAGGGAAAACGUUCACUGUCCUACAAACUAGCUGGUUUCUUUUCAACAUAAUAGCAAGAUGGGCAACUUCUCUGCCAGUUGCACCAAUCGAACUAGCGACAGUCGCUUAUAUACCUUGUGCUGUACUCAUGUAUGCCAUGUGGUGGUAUAAUCCUAAGGAUAUGACCACACCAAUCACGAUCUAUGUGAGAUGCGACCGUAAUAAUUUACCCACUCAUCUGCUUGAUCAAACGGCCACAAAUCCCCAUGGAUGGGUUCACCGUCAUGCGCAAGUAAAGAAACAGACCGCGUUGUCUGUUUUUUCGCAGGCUGUUGAGUGGUUUUUUGACGCAGCCACGGGUCCUGUUGAUACAGCAGGCGAGCUUCCCUAUGAUGAUUUCCAUAAGCCAUCUCAUGGAUGCAUUAUAACCGCUGUCAAUACCUUUGUUGCUUUCCUUUACUGUGGUAUUCAUAUCGCCGGGUAA